UCGCGAUGGUGGCUUAUCAAGAGCAUUGCAAGACUAGGCGCCAGCGGUUUAUGGACCGUUGAAUUCACAGAUUUCUGGCUUGGCGAUCAGUUUUGCAGUCUCGUCUAUAGCUUUUCGAACCUCUACUUUGUUGGGUGUUUCUAUACCAAAUACUUUCCUAAAGCGUGGACCACCUGCGGGACGGAACUAAAUUGGGGCGCUUACUUCGCAUUUGCCAUGUUGCCGUUCCUGGUGCGUUUCGUGCAGAGUCUCAGACGUUAUGGGGAUUCAAAGUUACCCACUCAUCUUAUCAAUGCCGGCAAGUACGGCAUGGGUAUUGUGUAUUACUUCUGUUAUUUCCUUUGGAGACGCGAUGAAGCCAACGACAAUACUACUUUCGUUCUCUGGUGUCUGUCAGCAAUUAUCUACACACUAUAUGGGUGUGCAUGGGACUUCUUCAUGGACUGGUCCAUCUGCAAACCUCGCGCUAAAUAUCCCCUCCUCAGGCGGGAGUUGGUGUACACAUCGCAUAUUCCGCUGUACUAUGUUGCCCUGGUCACGAACUUUUCUAUUCGUUUUCUCUGGGUCUUCUAUAUACCCAGUUGGCAAUACAAGUUUACUCUCCGGACGUUCAUAGUUGGCCUACUGGAGAUGUUAAGAAGGAUACAGUGGAAUGUCUACCGUCUCGAGAACGAGCAUCUUGGUAAUAUGGAUCAAUACCGAAUUAUACGCGAGGUUCCCUUGCCGUAUUCGUUCGACAAUCCUCAAGAUGAUGAUGAGGACGAUGAGACUGUUUAGGAUGGAUGUUGAGAUAAUCUGCGAGUCAGCUGAGAAAGAACAUAGAUCACUCUUGAGGCAUCAAUCGUACUAACUUAAUUAGAUGUGCAUGAUCUACUGGUAAUAGAGACGGUCGACGUCGCGAUAUGCUGAUUAUGGACAAACGAUGAUAUUUUAUGCCACAGACGUGUCACAUUCUAAGAGUCAGUGCUGUAUGCAUAAGCCCGCCGCUGCGAGCUGUGUUGCGUGCC